AUGGCGUUAUUAGAAGACCUUGCAUUUCACUCCAACAUACCUGUACCUUUGGAUAUAACUGUAGCAGUGGUCUACUCCAUUUUUGGAGUGUGUUCACUGUUUGGAAACAGCACGCUACUGUAUGUCUCCUACAAGAAAAAGCACCUCCUGAAGCCUGCGGAGUACUUCAUCAUCAACCUCGCUGUCAGUGACUUGGGUCUGACAAUAUCCUUAUACCCCAUGGCGAUAACUUCAAGCUUCUACCACAGGUGGCUGUAUGGGAAAACAAUGUGCUCCAUAUACGCUUUUUGCGGCAUGUUGUUUGGCAUCUGCAGUCUGACCACUCUAACCCUACUGAGCAUGGUGUGCUUUGUGAAAGUAUGUUAUCCGCUCUAUGGGAACAGGUUUAACUCUGUUCACGGCUGUUUGCUCAUUGCCUGUGCUUGGCUCUAUGCCCUGCUGUUUGCCUGCUCCCCGCUGGUCCACUGGGGGAAAUAUGGACCAGAGCCCUAUGGCACCGCCUGUUGCAUUGACUGGCACCUGUCCAAUCAGCACUCCACAGCACGCUCAUUCACCGUGGCGCUGUUCAUCUUCUGCUACAUCCUACCAUGCUGUGUUAUUGUAGCAUCCUACACAGGUAUCUUGGUCACAGUGCAAUCAUCCCGUAAGAAUAUGGAGCAGCAUGCCUUGAGGAAGACUCAUAUGAGUAGCAGCCAGACGAUUAUUGUUAAGCUAAGUGUUGCAGUCUGCAUCGGUUUCUUUGCGGCGUGGAGUCCAUAUGCUGUGGUGUCCAUGUGGGCUGCCUUUGGACACAUUGAGAACAUCCCUCCUGUGGCUUUUGCCAUGCCAGCCAUGUUUGCAAAGUCUUCCACGAUUUAUAACCCCAUUAUCUACCUGAUGCUGAGGCCAAACUUCAGAAGGGUCAUGUGCACAGACCUGUGCACUCUUUGCCACAGCUGUGUGACGGGCUGCCUCUGCUCUGAGGGGCUGUCUAAGUGCUGCUCCAAGUCAGAGAUCAGGGUCAGACUUCGCACAGUCCACAAACAGACCAACAGAUUCCCUUCCUCAAACUCCUCUGCUCAACCUCCCAUAGCAAGUCUGAAGGGCCGCAACUGUGAGAAGUGCAAGGACGCUUUUGAAUGCUUCAGACACUACCCUAAAAUUUGUGGCGUUACAAACCCGGCAGCCAACGGAGUCUCGUGUAUGGAUCAUGACAGCCCAGUUCACCAAACACAAAAGCAGAAGACGCAAAGUGUGUGCCACAAGAAGUCUCUGCUGGCCAGCAUGUGUCCAAAAAGAACUACAGAGAUAGACAACUUCCACAUUACUUUAGAGAUGGUGCCAGGGCAUGCAAAAGUGGCUUGGCCUUGA